AUGGAACGGCACAGCAAGCGCGUCGCCAUCAUCGGCGCAGGGCCUAGCGGUCUCGUCGCCGUCAAAGAAUGCCUCGCGGCGGGCCUGGAAGUGCAGUGCUUCGAGCGUGCUCACGCGCUCGGAGGACUCUGGCUCUACAAUCCGGACCCGGGUGCGGACGCAAGUUCCGCCAUGUACCCCGGCGUCAUUCUCAACUCCAGCCGGCUGACCACGGGCUACAGUGAUUUCCCGAUCGAUCCGUCGCGGUACCCGAUCUAUUACUCCCAUAGGCUCCAUCUCCGGUACCUGAAUGAGUACGCGGCGCACUUUGCUCUUGAGAAACACAUCCGCUACGAGACGACGGUUGUAGGAUGCGCGUCUCGCAAGGAGGGCGGCUGGGAAGUGCGGGUUCGGAGAAGAAACGGGGAGGACGGCAACGGAGAGGAAGUGUUGGCUUUCGACGCUGUCAUAUGCGGAACCGGCAUCGCCAGCAAGCCCUUCAUCCCUGAAUAUAAAGGAAGAGAAAAUUUCAAGGGUGAAGUGCUACAUAGUCAUGCCUAUCGCAAGUCGAGUGUAUACGAAGGCAAGAAGGUCAUCGUUGUCGGUCUUGGAUCCUCAGCCAUCGACGUUGCGUGUGAAGUUGGUCCGAUAGCAACACAACUCACGAUCGUCAACCGGCGAGGCGCGUGGGUCCUGCCCCGAUUCGUCUUGGGGAAACCGACGGAGGCAUGGGAUAGCCGAAGCAGCCAGACAUGGCUUCCCACGAGCGUCCAGGAGUGGCUCUUUGAGAAGAUACUUGAGCAUGCUGUUGGCAAGAUGCCACCGGAGCUCCAGCCGGACCACAGCAUCAUGGCACAAAACGCCACGCUGCGAAGUGACUUUAUCGAGAAAUUGCAGACCGGCGUCUUCUCCCUUCGUCGCUCCACGAUCGCCUCCUUCACCGAGACCGGCGUCAUUCUUGCCAAUGGCGAUUCUCUCGAGGCUGAUGUCGUCAUCCUCGCUACCGGAUAUCACAUCGUCGACCAGCCAUACCUCCCCCCCGGCGCGCUGGCGAGCAAGGAAGCGCCCGCCCCGCAGGUAGACUUGUACAAGCUAGUCGUAUCGCCCACUUGGAAAGACCUGUAUGUCAUGGGCCAGACUGAGCAAGCCGGACCCGUGACGCCGGUCUCCGAGGCGCAGGCCCGAUACAUUGCCGCAGUCAUCAAGGGAAGCGUGCAGUUGCCGAGUGAGGAGGACAUGAUGCGGGACAUCCGCGCAUUGAGGGUUUGGCAGAAGAAGCAUAUGAUUGACUCGGAUAGGCACGCCUUGACUGUCGACUUUGUAAGAUACAUGGACGGUCUGUUGGCACCGCUGGGGGCGGCACCGACAUUCGGAAAACUCUUUGGACGGAUUUUCACCAGUGGUAAGCCACUACGGGCUUGGAAUAUUCUUUCUGCUGUUUACUUUGGAAUCCCGGCUCCCGCACAGUGGAGAUUGUUUGGUGAAGGAAGCACGCCAGUGUUGGCCGAGGAGACGCUACUCAGAACUGAUGCGAAUACGGGCGAACUGAGUGAAGGAGAGAAAUCGUUUCUUUGA